UGUUUGAUAGGUUGUUCAGUAUUCGCAGAUGAGACAAGAUUAAUAAAAUUCGUUUGUCAUGAUGACUUGCGUUUUUACACAACUGUGACAAAUUUUGAAGAUUACCUUUUGGUGCGGAGGCUUCAGAAGUUCGUUCGUUACUAAUCGCCGAAAGUUCAAUCACCAGGGUUUCCUUAAAUAAACGAAAAACGAUUAUCUCGGUUCGUGCCCUUAUUAAUAAUCUAUGUUUUCCAUCUGAUGGUUUUCUCAUGAAAAAAGUUUACUGAAUAUCGAAAGAAAAGUACUAAUUAGUGGUAAUUGAGGGUUUAGAAUUUAUGGAAAAAUAAUUCUCGGACGUAAGAAAUUUGAACCUAAUGAAUAAUAAAUAGAGGCAGUUGGCUUACACGGUUUAUUAAUUUUUGGCGUAGUGCAUUAUUACGUGAUCGGAAUUUUGUCUAAGUGUAUUUUUAUACGCACUAAUGUGUGAACUUGACCGAAUUAAAAAUACCUUUGGAUGAAAACUAACACUGUGAAGCCAAAAUAGUUUGAAAUAGUUUACGACUAUUUUUAGUUUUUUUGUGAUUUAAAUCUUGCGUGUGUCACUACAACCAGGGUUGAACGGAACAAAUUACUGCGUUUAAAAAUUCAAACUCUGAAUUAAAUUAUUUAUGGAAGCUGAAGGCGCAGCUGCAUAAAGACAGAAGACGAUUGGACAGCUACCAUUAAAUUAUAAAAUCCAGCACAACGUUCAGCGUAAAUCAUAUUUGUCUUGAGCUAAGCUAGUUCAUGUACUAAAUACAACUCGACAGAGAUUUUAAAGUCGCUGAAGCCUCUCGAGUGAAGUAUUUUUUGCUGUGUCAAAUUUUGCCUCAAUUCUAGGUCUCAAUGCAGAAAUACGACUGGGAGGAAAAUAUUAAAGUAAACAUUGUAACUCUAAAAAUUCUGGGACUGUGGCCGAAAGGUACCUACAGACUCGGACCUUACAUGGUGCACAUGAUAAUCCUUGUAACUCUAUUUCUACUAGCCCACAUUUUUUCCCAAACAGUGAACAUCUACUUCAUUAGAACAGACUUAGCGGCUAUCACAGGCACAGUCUACGUGCUUUUAGUCGAAGUAUUGGUGGUUUUCAAAGUCUAUUACUUCGUCACUAACAUGGGCAUGCUCAAACAACUCUUGAAAGAUCUAGAAACCGACAUGUUCCAACCGAAAAAUUCGGUCCAAAUUGGCGAAAUCGAGACAAGCAUUUGGUUCUGGAAGAUAAUUUACAAAGCGUUCUUGUAUAUGUGCAUUGGUACGAACAUGUUCUGGGCUGCUUAUCCCCUCUUGGAUAAAAGUACAAGUGGAAAAAGAUUGCCAUUUCUGGCUUGGUACCCGUUUGAUACAACAAAAUCACCUGCUUACGAGAUCACUUACAUUUAUCAAAUCGCUAGUGUCGGUUUUAUCACCACUGUCCACGUCAACAUAGACGCUUUAGUCGCCGCUUUGAACGUUUUCAGUGGCAACCAGUUUGAUAUUUUGUGUGAUAACUUGAGGAAUUUGCACAAACUUGGGGCAAGUGUGUUUGAUAAUUUUGUUUACUGCGUUGAGCAUCACCAAGCGGUUUUGAGUUAUAUUGAUAAGUCUAAUAAAUUUUUGAACUGGAUUUUGCUGGUGCAGUUCUUUGUAAGCGCCUUCUCCAUUGGGAUAACUAUGUUUCAGUUGACUUUGGUUGUGCCGAUGUCGAAUGAGUUUUACACGCUGUUUUCAUAUGGUGUUGCCAUCACAGUGCAGAUUUUUAUGUACUGUUGGUUUGGAAACGAGGUAGAAAUUAAGAUCAAAAUGGACAAAUAUGACUGGGAAUCCAACAUUAAGAUGAACAUUCUAACGCUACGUCUUCUAGGACUGUGGCCAAAGGGCGAUGACUACACACGAGGCCCUUAUCUCACAUACAUGAUUUUCCUUGUGGCAUUCUUCAUGAUCACGCAUCUUUUUUCCCAAACUUUAAACAUGUACUACCAACGAAAUAACCUACAAGUGCUCACAGGGACCGUCUACGUCCUCCUGGUCGAAAUGGUCUGUGUGUUUAAAGUCUACUACCUCGUCACCAACAUGGACAUGCUGAAACAACUUCUGAAAGAUCUGAAAACCGACAUGUUUCAACCGAAAAAUUCUGUUCAGAUCGAUGCCAUCCAAGAAAGUAUUAAAUUCUGGAAAAUCAUUUACAACUUCUACCUAUAUUUUUGCAUCGGCACGGACCUCUUUUGGGUGAUUUAUCCCCUUUUCGAGCUGUUUGGGCAUUCAAACAGGAGACUGCCAUUUUUUGCGUGGUAUCCCUUCGAAACGAAGGAAUCGCCAGUGUUCGAACUGACUUUUCUUUACCAGAUUGCUAGCGUUGUUUUUUUUACUACUGUUCAUGUCAAUCUGGACUCGCUGGUGGCAGCUUUGAACGUUUUUAACGCAAGUCAAUUUGAUAUUUUGUGCGAUAAUUUGAGAAAUCUUCACAAACUUGGCGAAAAUGUCGCAGUUAGUUUUGUUAACUGUGUUAAGCACCACAAAGUGACUUUAAGUUACGCUGACAAGUGUAACAAUUUUUUGAACUGGAUUUUGUUUAUCCAGUUUUUUGUAAGCGCAUUUUGUAUUGGUAUAACUAUGUUUCAGCUAAGUGUGGUGGUACCAAAUUCGAGCGAAUUUUACUCUCUCUUGGUGUACGGAAUCGCAAUAACUCUACAAAUUUUUAUGUACUGUUGGUUUGGAAAUGACGUAGAAGUCAAAAGCAACAAUAUCCCGUAUGCCGCUUUUGAGUGUGACUGGACAAAUUUUUCCGAAAGCUUAAAACGAGAUUUAAUAUUUUUUGCCAUGAAAGCCCAGCGCCCUGUCAAGUUAUCAGCUCUAAAUUUGUUUUAUCUUUCGCUGGAUACUUUCAUGAAAAUUAUGAAAACUUCGUGGUCUUAUUUCGCCCUCUUGAAUCAAGUUACUUCGAAAAAGUAAUGUUUAAGAAAUAAGUACUGUGUAAAUAAUUUAAAUAUGUAGUUAAAUGUAGUGGAGACUAUCAAAUUAUAAAUAAAAUAAAAAAUAAAUUAAGCACGAAAAAGCGUA